AUGAUAUUUUUAAUAUCUUAUUUUAGGCAUAUUAUAAGUCUAUUUAUUAUAUUGCUCAAUAUAAAACUAGGGAGCUCUUCUUAUCCGUUUAAUAUACAAAUUAGUGCUCAUUAAAACAAUGUUUUCAGUAUUUACAAGGCAUCAUAAGGAAACUGGUUUAAUUAAUUAGUAAGCAACCCAGGAGUAUGUUUAUUUAGCAAUACUGGAUAAAUAUAGUUCUCAUCAUAAGACAUACAUAAGUUUUAUAGGUUUACCUUUAUUGUUUAUUAUAGAGCAUAAACCUGCAACGAAUAAAUAAUCUUUACAAGGAAUAGUAAUAAUUUAGAUUUCAGUCAUGUCUUUAUAAAUAACUGCUAUGUUAACUAUCAUGUUAGUUUGAAUAUCACGACUGAUCUCUAUAUCUCAAGUUAAAAUAAUAAUUUUGAAUUGCAAAUUAUAAAAACAAUUACUGAUUCUUGUUCAUUAACUGGAUCGCAAUAGACUCCUUCUUUAUCAGAUUAAUCUUAUGUUAUAAAGAUCUAUUUUCAAAAUUUAAUAAAUAACUUUUGUCCUGAAGCUACUAAUCAAUCAAAUUUGAAAAACUGUUAUUCAUGUUUAAACAGCUAAAAUCGAUAUCUUGUUAAUAAUGAUUGUCAAUGUAACUAAGGUUAUUUUUAGUCUAAAUAGAAUUUAAUUUGCUUGGCCUGUAAACCAUCUUGUCUUACAUGCAAUAAUUAAUCACAAUGCACUGCGUGUUUUGAAAAUGCAACCCUAAAAUAAAAUUAAUGUAUUUGCAAUGAAGGAUACUUUAUGAAUGAUUCCUAUCAAUGCCAAAAGUGCAAUCUCCCAUGUAAAACUUGUGUUUUUUCUUAGAAUUACUGCACUUCAUGCAUUGAUCUAUUACAAAUUUUACCUAAUUGCUAAUGUCCUCCAAAAAUGUAUUUUGAUCCAACGCCAUCUGCACUCUCUUGCAAAGUUUGUGAUACUCAGUGUUAGACUUGCUAGUAUAAUCCAGCGAAAGCUUCUAAAAAUUAAUGUACUUCUUGCCUUCCUGGAUUUAUAAACCCUCCCUUUUGUUAAUAGGAAUGUUCUGAUGUUUAAGUAUAUGAUUACACCUAAAAUUAAUGUAUACCUUUAUAAUGUGAUAAUAAAUGCUUAACAUGUUCAAAGCAUUCAUCUAAUUGCUAGCAGUGCAAAGGUGAUAGAAAAAAUCCACCAUAUUGUUAAUGCGAUAGGUUUUUAUUUGAAGAUGGUGUUAGCACUAAUUGUAUUAAAUGCCCUGAAGGAUAGUUUUUAGACAUAAAUGACAAUAGUAAUAAAGGCUGCUAGCCUUGCCAUUACUCAUGUAAGCGCUGUACUGGUCCAAAUAAAUUUGAUUGUACAGAUUGCUAUAGUGAUGAAUUUGUUAGGACAUAUGAUGGUAGAUGUGCAUGCGUAGACAAUACAAAAACUUAAAUCAUGGAUGAAUUAAAUAAAAAUAAACCUAUUUGCAUGAAUAGAUUAGAUAUGAAUCUUACCAUUUACAUAAAUAAAUCAUUUAAAUAAAUAUUUAGAAUUGAAUUUUCUGAUUAACUAAUUUAGAGCGUCUCUCUAGAUUAAGCUGUAAAUAAUCUAGUUAUUUACUUGUAAUACUCUUCACCAUAAGAAUAUUAAAUGAUUCCUACUUUUUAUAACAAUAAAUAUAUUGAAUUCUGCAUCUCUACUAAAAAAGUUAUACCUAGAUAAUUUUUAUACGUUUACGCAGCUGAGUAGCACAUUUUUUAGGGUGUUAACAAAAGUAUCUUAGACCUAAAAUAUCUCUAAAAACCACUAUCUGUCUAUUUGGUUUAAGAAGAGGUUAACUCUUAAAAUAACUUAUAAAAUCUUUAGUAGCUUAAAGCAGCUUCUUAGUCAGUCUAAAAUAAUUUCUUUGUUUAAUUUGUUACAAAGUAUUAUUUUUUUUUAUUUAUUUUGAGUACUCUUCAACCCACUAUCCUAUUCUUGAUUGUGCCUAUUGAAUUUCCUUUGAAUAUUUAGCUUUAUUUGAAAAUAGUUGGGUAGUUUGUUUUCAGCCAUAACUAAUUUUUUUCCUCAUAUGAAGAAUAAGGUAAUGACUAUACCAAAUAAAAUUAAUAUUACAUCUUUAGUUUUGAUCUAACAGAUGAAUUAAAAAAUUCAAUACCUGAAAAUGAAUAAUUCUAUUAAAUAGGAUUUUUAAAUAAUUUUUUCUACAACACACAAGUCCCAAGCCUGCUAUUCAUAAUCUUUCUGUCUGUUUACUGGAUUCUUAGAUUAAUUCACAAGUUUUUGGAUACCAAAGAUUAGAAUGAUUUAAAAAUGAGUAUCCUACUGUAUAGAGAAUUGAAUUUUUAGAAUUUUGGUUAGACUUAGUAUUUUGAACUAAUCGAAUAAUAUAAUAAAAUGAUAAAUCCUAAUUAAAAUAAUCAAAACUAACCUUUUAUUUUAAAUUAAUAAUCAUAAACAAAUAUAACAUAAAAAAUUUAUAACAUCACUGUGCUCUUAAACAAUUAACUGCUCUCUAAUUUUGAAUCUAAUUUUGUACUUUAUCUGAUAUCAAUCUAUCUUUAAUUUUACAAUUUCUAAGACUCUGUUUAUAUAAAUAGAGUAUCUAUUUAUAUCAUGUUUGCCUUUAUUUUUUAAGCAAUCUACAUCUAAGUAAGAGCCUAUCAUUAUAUGAAGCAAAACUAAUUUGACAAAGUACCUAUGUUUGCAGAUAGAUUAAAGAAUAAGAAUUCAAAAUAUUAUUUCCAUUUUUACAGCCUGAUUUUAAAAUUAAUUAUAUCUAUAUGUGCCAUAUUCAGCUCUAAAACCUUUAAUUUGAAUAUCUCAAUAAUUAUAUUAACAUAAAUAAUGCUUUUAGCCUACAUUUUUUAUUAUAGACCUUUUAAAAGCAUAAUAUAUAUGAUCAUUAAAGUUUUAGGUACACUUUCUUUUUUAGCCUCUUGGGUUUGUGUGCUAACUAUUGGAAUAAUAAAGUCUCGAUUCGAUCAAAAUAAUCUAAUGACUGACAGUGAUUAGCAAACUUUAAAUAAAAUUGGUAUUGCUAUGAUGGUUACAUUGUCAUUAUUUAAUGGAUUGUAUUUAUUAUCUUUUUUUUUAGAUAUCUUCAUUACAAUUAAAUAAUUAAUAUUUAAAUGUUUUGGUUCAAAAAAUAAAAAGUUUGACACAAUUCACAUUGUUGAUAAUUAAAAUAUUUGCAUAGAGUUACAUAAUACAAGAAACUUAAAUUUAACUGAUAUAUAAUUCUUACCAUAUUUAUCAAAAUAUGAACUAAAAUAAACUGAUGAUGCUUAAAACGAAAACUCUCCAAAUGAAUUAAAAAACCCUUUAGUUUUUUAAUAAAAAUUCAGUACAAUUAAAUUAAAUAAAUAGUGA